AUGACCGCGCGACGAAAAGCGAAAUCGGAACACGAGCUUUUCGCGGAGGACGACGACGAGCUGAUUCACGUGGUAAUCGGGCUCAAGUCUUCGCCAGAAUUCGCCAAGACGAGCGGGUUUCGCCUGCCGAUCCCGCAUUCGCUGUAUCCAUUGGAUGCGGGCAAGGAGGUCUGCUUGCUGGUCAAUGACGACCCCAAGGGCGGCCAUAAAAAAUCCAAGGAGAACUUCCUGAAGCAGGGUUCCACGGGCAUCAACAAGGUAGUCGGGCUGACCAAGCUGCGCACCAAGUACAAGCAGUACGAGGCGAAGCCCCUUAACAUGCCCUAUUCUCCCUCCCUCCCUCCCCACACCACCUUUGAAACUCCCCAGGGUUCAGCCGGCAUCACCAAGGUGAUCGGGCUGACCAAGCUGCGCACCAAGUACAAGCAGUACGAGACGAAGCCCCUUAACAUGCCCUAUUCUCCCUCCCUCCCUCCCCACACCACCUUUGAAACUCCCCAGGGUUCAGCCGGCAUCACCAAGGUGAUCGGGCUGACCAAGCUGCGCACCAAGUACAAGCAGUACGAGGCGAAGCGGCAACUGCUCGGCUCGUACGACCUCUUCCUGGCUGAUAUUGACAUCAUCCACCAGCUGCCCCCCCUUAUUGGCACAAAGUUCUUUAAGAAGAAAAAGCAUCCCAUCCCUGUGAAGCUCCGGGGGAAGGACUGGGCGAAGAGUGUGCGAGAGGCGUGCGAUAGCACGUAUUUGUAUGUGAGUGGGGGCCCGUCGAUGAGCGUGCGGGCGGCGAGGUUCGGCAUGAGUGAGGCGGAGAUUGUGGGGAAUGUGAUGGCGGUGGUGGCGGGGGCGGUGGAGCAUGUGCCGAAGAAAUGGAAGAAUGUGAGCUCGUUGCAUAUACGGGCCACGGACUCGCUCGCUCUGCCCAUCUACAUGGCGGAGGUUGAUUUGCCGACAAAAAUGGCUGUGAAGGUGGUGGAGCGGCAAGGGGGGGAGGAGGGUGUGGAAAGGGAGGAGGGAGGAGGGGAUAAGGAGGUGGGCAAGGGGAAGAGGAGAAGAGGGAGCACAGGGGGUAAAGUGGGAGGUGUGAAGGCCAAGAAGCCCAAAGUAAUGAAGAGGAGGUUGUCCACUUGA